CGUUUAGAACUUCCUCUUCGCAGCCAAAACCUCUGGGCUUCUGGUCAACAAGCCCUGCGGUCUCGCGUCCGCCGCGAGAACGAAAUGCCCCUCCGAGUCAAUAUUCCUCCGGCCACUCGCGCCGUCCUCAUCAGCCUCCUGGCCCUCUCCCUCCUCUACAACAUCGCCAGAUGGCGGCAACUUGACACCUCCGCCGGCAGCGUCCAAACCAGCCCGAUCAUUCCCUACCUCACCCUCGUUCCCUCUCUCUUCUAUUACUACCCCUGGACCCUGCUCACGGCCACCUUCGUGGAGCAGAAUAUCUUUACCGUUGCCCUCAAUGCUGCCACUAUCUUCUAUGGCGGCAAAUACCUCGAGCGCGCGUGGGGGUCUCGCGAAUUCAGCAAGUUCAUCGUUGCUGUCGCGCUGAUUCCUAACAUUGUGAUUGUUCCGUUUUAUCUGAUCUGGGGCGCCCUCGGGGGUUCUUCAAGCAGAGCUCUCACCCAGAUCUGCGGCGGCGUCGCUAUCCAAGGUUCUUUCCUUGUCGCCUUCAAACAGCUCGUUCCCGAACACACGGUCGCCAUUUUCAAGGGCUUGGUCAAGAUGCGCGUCAAGCAUUUCCCCGCUCUAUUCCUGCUCCUCAACACCAUCAGCGGCAUCAUCAUUGGAACCGAUACUGCCGCCGUCCUGGCCUGGCUAGGCCUCCUAUCUAGCUGGACCUACCUCCGGUUUUAUAAGCGACAGCCUGAUCUCACCGGUACCUCCACCAAUGGCCUCGGUAUCAAGGGUGAUGCCAGCGAGACUUUUGCUUUUGCCUGCCUAUUCCCCGAUGUGAUGCAACCCCCUAUCGCAUUCGUCGCCGAUCAAAUCUACGCCCUGCUUGUCACAGUGAGACUCAUCACUCCCUUCUCGGAGGAUGAAAUUGCUUCAGGAAACCAGCAGGUGCUGGCUCGUGGUGAGGCUGGACUCCCCACACUCCUUAGCAACCAGCGCGGAGGAGCGCGGGGCUCUGGCAAGCGGGAGGAGGCUGAGCGGAGACGUGCGUUGGCCUUGAAGGCUUUGGACCAGCGACUACAGGCGGCGGCGGGUGGACGACCUCAUGCCGGUCCGUCGACGCUAGGCGAGCCUUCUUCUUCUCAGCACCGCCCGACUACACCGACACCGUCGACUGGGCAAGGUAUGCUGGGAGAGACCAGUUAUAACCCUGAUCAUGCAUGAAAGGGGCGCAGUAUUGGGGCUGUUUGGACAUACUUGCAUGAAUAAAAUGGGGCCCUGGGGCUGAAGAACUACCUCACCUGCCCCUGUUGCUCUAAUAUCUCCUUCUGAUGAUGUAUAUUGCACACAAUUUUCUCAUUGAUAUUAUGCCCUGGACCUCGAUCUUCCGUUGAUCUGACCUCCUCGGCAUAUGUGUGACUUUGUGAUGGUCACUGAUUUCUUUCUUAAUGACGACCAAGCGAGAUUGCGAUUUGUAUUUCUUGCAAUUGGGAUCUUUCCCUUAGUUUUAUACCAGCCAACAGCGAGUGUCUUAUAACGAG